UGGCAGUGUUGAAAAACGCGUGUGCCUUUUUUAACUGAUUGUGGUGCCCUCAUUACGUGAGAGAAUUGUUUUUGGCAAUGGAGCGUUAAUUGGAUAGCCACGAUAGGAUUCUGUCGAAGUAAAUCAGUCAUAAAUGCAAGCUGCCAGAAUGAGGUUCGUUCAAUAUAUGCGGAAAGGUGACUUGGCCAAGCGACUUGGUCUUCUGGCCGAGGAUCAAAAGUCGCUGGUGGAAUUCGCCGGCUUGGAGGGAGUGCCCAGCGAUCUGAAGACCCUGAUUGCCCAGAAUCCCAAUCUGGAGGAACUGGCCCAGAAGGCGGAGAAGCAGCCGCGACUCGAGGUCAACGAUGAUGUCACUUUGCUGCCACCACUCACCGAUCCCGGCAAGAUCAUCUGCAUUGGUCUGAACUACCAGGACCACUGCGAUGAGCAGAACAAGCCGGCGCCCAAGGAACCCCUGUUCUUUAGCAAGUUCAACAAUGCCCUGGUGGGUCCUCUAGAUAAUGUCAUCGCUCAUGCGGCGAGCAACAAAAUCGAUUGGGAGGUUGAGCUGGUCUGUGUCAUUGGCAAGGUCGCCCGUCAGGUGCCCAAAUCCGAAGCCAUGGACUAUGUCUUCGGCUACUCGGUGGCCCAGGAUAUCUCAGCCCGCGACUGGCAGAAAGAUCGCAACGGUGGUCAGUUCCUGAUUGGCAAGUCAAUGGACACUUUUCUGCCGCUGGGACCGGCUGUGGUGCACAAGAGUCUGGUGCCGGAUGUUUACAACUUGAAUCUGAAAACCUGGGUCAACGGCGUGGAGAAGCAGAACGGCAAUACCGGCAAUCUGAUCUUCAAGCUGGACGAUGUGAUCAAUCGUCUGUCGCAGAACAUUACCCUGCUGCCCGGCGACAUCAUAGUCACCGGAACGCCCAAGGGCGUGGGCAUGCAUCGCACUCCGCCGGAAUUCCUCCAGCCCGGUGAUGUCGUACAGACGGAGAUUGUUGGAUUGGGCAAACUGUGCAACAAGAUUGUGGCCCCCUAAGGUGGACAUUCCACUUGGCUUGUUAUGUUUUUUGUAUAGUUUGUGAAACAAUGGCAUUUAAUAGAU